AUGGCUGAACAGAACUGCAAUCGAUUCCUGGAUUUUUGGAUUAAACUGGUUUCCCACAGGAGAAGUUUCUUCCUUGGUUUCUGUGUUUUAAACUUUGUAUUUUCCCUCGUGGCGACUCUAGGAAUUCUUUUGGCCAUCCGUGCCUUAAUGAAGACCUCAACGAUACCAGCCACCGUCAAGAAGCUGUUCCUAAGUCUGGCUUUCUCUGAUCUUACAGUUGGAUUGUGUUCCCAGUUUGCGACCGCUAUUAUCAGCGCCGUGAUGUUGAAGAUGGCAUCAAGUGAAGACGACUUUGCCUUCUUUUGUCCAACAGUUUUGAUUGUGGUUUUAUAUUUUCAGUAUCUUCUCGCCGUUGCAUCUUUCCUGAGUGUUAUUAUCAUUGCAUUUGAUAGAUUUCUCGCUUCUCGCUGA